AUGGCACUCUUUUCUUCCCUAACCCCAGUCUUCAUAGCCAUUAUAUGUGUUUUGAUUGGGGUAAUACUGAAGAAGACUAACGAAGGAAAGGACAAACGUGAGACUAAAAGCAAGCCUCUAUCUCGCCCAUGGGUGGAUGAAGAUUUAAAAGAUGGCACUGACCACAACUUAGAGGAAGAAGAGGUUGAUGAAGAGUGGCAAGGACUUGAUGAAAACGUUGCCCAUAUCCCCUUCUUUGCGGAGCGCUACUCUGAGGCCGAAAUGAUUAAAAGGUCACAGAUGUUUUACGAGCUUCUUAAUAAGAGACGGUCUGUCAGGUUUCUCAGUGAUGAGAUGGUCCCCAGGGAGGUUAUCGAUAAUGUCAUCAGAACAGCAGGUACUUCUCCCAGCGGAGCGCACACUGAGCCCUGGACCUUUGUGGUAGUGCAAGAUCAAUAUUUAAAACAUAAGAUUCGUGAGAUUGUAGAAGAAGAAGAAGAAAUCAACUACAAAAAAAGGAUGGGAGACAGAUGGGUUAAUGACCUGAAAAGACUGAGAACAAACUGGAUCAAAGAGUAUUUGGACACUGCUCCAUAUCUGAUCCUCAUUUUCAAGCAGGUAUAUGGGCGGCUUCCAAAUGGUAAAAAGAAGACCCACUACUACAAUGAAAUCAGUGUUUCUAUUGCCUGUGGUAUCCUGCUUGCUGCACUGCAGAAUGCGGGUCUGUACACAGUGACCUCCACACCCCUCAACUGUGGCCCCCAACUCCGGGUGCUGCUCCAGCGCCCAGCAAAUGAGAAGCUACUCCUGCUGCUCCCUGUUGGCUAUCCCAAGAAAGAUGCCACUGUGCCUGCACUGACCCGAAAGCCACUGGAAGACAUAAUGGUGGUCAUGUGAGCCUGGCACCAUGAGGAAGGAGCACGGCCCUGCUGCCAGAUAGUAAGCAGCAGCCCACUGAAGUUGUCACUGCUGUUUCUGUGUA